AUGUCUCUGGGAGAACCGAACCGCAACCCGCCGCCAGUGGCUGCAGAACGCAAUAAUACCCCCCCGGCAUUGAUAGCCUUCACCCUGGGCGUCCUUGUAAUCUGCUUUGCGGCAUUCAGCAUUGUCUAUUUAUGCAAAUAUUGUUUUUCAGUGCUUAUCCACAAUUGGACCUUUCAACGCACUGCCUCAGGUUCCCUCAUUCGUCUUUCACCCAACAGGUCUCCCCCUAGAGGUCUUGACCCUUCCUUGCUCCAAGUCUUCCCUACUUUCCUUUUUGCCUCUGUCAAGGACCUUCGCAUGGAGAAGAAUAGUCUUGAAUGUGCCAUUUGCUUGUUUGAAUUUGAGGAUGAUAGUAUUCUUCGCCUCUUGACCCUCUGCUGCCAUGUCUUCCACCAAGAAUGCAUUGACCUUUGGCUUAGUUCUCACAAGACAUGCCCCGUUUGUCGAAGAGACCUUGAUUCGCCAACCGAUGAAAUGCGAAAAAGUGGGGACAUUAUUGAUCAUCUUGUAGAAGAUAGUAUUGUGUCAUCAACAAGCGAUGAGUUACACAUUGAUGUAAGAGAAGGGGAAAACGAUAGGGGUAGUGCAAGUGUUGGAGAUCAAAGAUACAAGCACAAACAUGAACAUAAACAUGAAUGUCAAUGUGAUUAUGACCAUCCUAUUUUUAUGAGCAUCAGGGUGCAGCAACAAGAACAGCAAAUGUUUGCAAGGUCACACUCAACGGGGCACUCUAUAGUUUUGAUUAGAGGUGGGGGAGUUGAAGGGAAAGAUGAUGAUAAAUACAUGUUGAGAUUACCGGAACAUGUUACAAGAGGUAGGUGUAAUUGUACAAUGAGCUCUGUAAGUUACAAGGACAUGGCGAGGCUUGUUGCACCUUUGACGUAA